CACGUGCCCCCCAAAGCACUUCCCUUCCACUCCCAGUAUAAAGUAAAUGUGUGUAUAUAUAUGUGUAUAUAAGCUCUUCCUCUUCAUAUCCUACAAAUCAAUUCCACAGGCUGACCCAUAUAUUCUUGCUAGGUGUUUGCUCACUUUCGCCACUUCUUCAUAUUCCCUUUGAAUUGCUUUGGAAUCACAAUCAAACCAUGCAAACUCUUGCCAACAUCUCGUCAUUAUCAUCCUCAUCAUCAAUAUCCCAAAUGCUAAUGAUGCUCCUUCCCUUCUGUUUCGUGUUCCUGUGGUCUGUUCAUGUCUUAUUCCUCCAGUGGUACUCUCGCCGGAAGGGCAGGCGCCUGCCUCCAGGUUCCCUCGGCUGGCCUUAUAUUGGCGAGACUCUCAGGCUCUAUGCUGAAGAUCCCAACGCCUUCUUUGCCAACAGGCAGAAACGUCACGGGGAUAUAUUUAAGAGCCACGUCCUGGGGUGCCCGUGCGUGAUGGUAUCGAGCCCGGAAGCAGCGAGGGUCGUCCUGGUGACGAGAGCGCACAUGUUCAAGCCGACUUAUCCUCUCAGCAAGGAGAGGAUGAUUGGACCGAAUGCGCUCUUUUUCCAUCAAGGAGCCUACCACUCGAGGCUCAAGCGGCUGGUCCAAGCCUCCUUCGUGCCUUCUGCUCUCAAGGGCUCCGUCUCCGAGAUUGAGCAAAUCAUCCUCAACUUCCUGCCCUCUUGGAAAGAUAAUUGCACCAUCAACACCUUGCAAGAAAUGAAGAUGUAUGCAUUUGAUGUGGCAAUACUGACGGCAUUUGGGGAGAGGAUGGAAAGGGAGAUGGAGACGAGAAUCAAACAGCUGUACCAGAGGCUUGAGAAGGGCUAUAAUUCCAUGCCUUUGGACCUACCUGGAACUUCUUUCCACAAAGCCAUGAAGGCGAGGAAGCUGUUGAACGAGACGCUGAGGAGAUUGAUCGACGAGAGGAGGAGGGAGGACGAUGGCAGUGGACAUGGAGGGACUAAGGUCGCGAGUAGACUGGGGAGGGGAGGGCUGUUGGAGGUUUUGAUGGGGGCUAGUAACGUCAAUGACAAAGGCCACAAAGUACACCAGCAGCUAUCGGAUAUGCAAAUAGCGGACAACAUCAUUGGAGUCAUAUUUGCUGCUCACGACACGACGGCCAGCGCCUUGACUUGGGCUCUCAAGUACCUGCAUGAUAACCCCGAGAUCCUCUGUGCGGUCACGAGGGAACAAGAGGGAAUUCGACGCAAAAUGGAUGAAUCGGGUCGUCGAGGUUUGACUUGGGAAGAUACUAGGCAAAUGCCGUUGACUAACCGGGUGAUUCAAGAAACGCUUAGGGCAGCAAGCAUACUGUCCUUCACAUUCAGGGAGGCCGUCGAAGAUGUGGAGUUCGAAGGUUACUUCAUCCCCAAAGGUUGGAAGAUUCUCCCCCUCUUUAGGAGGAUCCACCACCGCGAAGAUUUCUUCCCCAACCCCGACAAGUUCGACCCUUCAAGAUUCGAGGUGCCACCUAGACCGAAUGCAUUCAUGCCGUUUGGAAACGGAGUUCACUCAUGUCCCGGGAGCGAACUGGCCAAGCUAGAAAUGCUGGUCCUGCUUCACCAUCUUACCCUCACCUACAGGUGGGAAGUCGUCGGAGACGGGGACGGGAUCCAGUAUGGCCCUUUCCCGGUUCCUAAACAGGGCUUGCCCAUUCGGGUUAUCCCUAGGGACGAUAAGUCGUCCCGUUCUUUUUAUUAAUUCGGUUUCUGAUUCUCGAGGAUCGUACAAAGGGGACGGACGAAACAGCCCAAACCCCGCCCAUAGGGAAACGAAAUGUGUAAAUCUGAAUGUUCUAUUUUAGACACAAGCUCGAAUGUAAUUGAGAAAUUUUACUCCAAAUUGAUUCGUAAAAAUGAAUGUCCAAUGAGUUAUUAGUGUACA